AUGGAGGAGCUGACCAUCUGGGAACAGCACACGGCCACGCUGUCCAAGGACCCUCGCCGGGGCUUUGGCAUCGCGAUCUCUGGAGGCCGAGACCGGCCCAGUGGAUCUGUGGUUGUGUCUGACGUGGUACCCGGAGGGCCGGCGGAGGGUAGACUACAGACAGGCGACCACAUCGUCAUGGUGAAUGGGGUCUCCAUGGAGAAUGCCACCUCCACGUUUGUCAUUCAGACACUCAAGACCUGCGCCAAGAUGGCCAACAUUACAGUGAAACGUCCCCGGAGGAUCCAGCUGCCCACCACCACCACCAAGGCCAGCCCCUCCGGCCCAGGGCGCCAGGACUCGGACGAGGACGAUGGGCCACACCGGGUGGAGGAGGUGGACCAGGGCCAGGGCUAUGAGGGUGACUCAUCCAGUGGCUCCGGCCACUCCUGGGACAGGCGCUCCCGCCGGCAGAGGCCUGGUCGCCGGGGCCGGGCCAGCAGCCAUGGGCGUAGGAGCCCGGGUGGUGACUCUGAGGCCAAUGGGCUGGCCCUGGUGUCUGGCUUUAAGCGGCUGCCGCGGCAGGACGUGCAGAUGAAGCCAGUGAAGUCGGUUCUGGUAAAGAGGAGAGACAGCGAAGAGUUCGGUGUCAAGCUGGGCAGUCAGAUCUUCAUCAAGCACAUUACAGAUUCGGGCCUGGCUGCCCGGCACCGUGGGCUGCAUGAAGGAGAUCUCAUUCUACAG